GGUGACGUCAUUUCCGCUCAGUGUGGGUGUCUCCGGCCGAGGGAUGAGGCUGGAGUCGUGAACGGUGUUGGGGGCGGCCCGGGGUCGGGAGCUGCUACUACUGGGGGCCGAGGAGCGCAGGAUCGGGGAGGAGGGGUCCAUUAUGUGCGCCUCGGUCAAGUACAACACCCGGGGUCCAGUCCUGAUCCCCAGAAUGAAGUCCAAGCACCGCGUCUACUACAUAGCUCUCUUCUCGGUGGUGCUCCUGGGCCUCAUCGCCACCGGGAUGUUCCAGUUUUGGCCCCACAACAUCGAAACGCCCGGCGACUGGAUCGCGGAGAAGCGCAGCGUCCACGACGUGCCUGCCGUUAAGCUGUCGGAGAGCAGCCCGCUGCCGGACAGGGGGGACCUGAGCUGCCGCAUGCACACUUGCUUCGACGUGUACCGCUGCGGCUUCAACCCUAAAAACAAGGUGAAAGUUUACAUCUACCCCUUGAAGAAAUACACGGACGAGUACGGGAGCGCGGUGGGCAGCGUCAUCUCCCGGGAGUACAACAUGCUGCUGACCGCCGUAUCCGAGAGCGACUUCUACACCGAUGAUGUCACCAGAGCCUGUCUCUUUCUGCCGUCUAUCGAUAUGCUGAAUCAGAAUAACCUACGGAUUAAGGAGACGGCGCAAGCGCUGGCCAAGCUGCCCAGAUGGGACCGAGGUACAAACCACCUGUUAUUUAACAUGCUGCCCGGAGGCCCCCCAGACUACAACACCGCUCUGGAUGUUCCUCGUGACAGAGCAGUGCUGGCUGGUGGAGGAUUCUCAACAUGGACGUACCGUCAGGGUUAUGACGUCAGCAUACCAGUAUACAGUCCACUCUCUGAAGUGAACCUACCUGAGCGGGCACCUGGCCCCCGCACUUUCUUCCUCAUCUCGUCCCAGACGGCCGUUCAUCCCGAGUUCCGCGCUGAUCUGGAGACGAUUCGAGCUGAGAACGGAGAAUCUGUCUUGAUCCUCGACAAAUGUAGCAAUCUAUCCGACAAUUCGCCGCCCCAUCGCAAGCGGUGCCACAAGAACAAUGCCUACGACUAUCCACAGGUCCUGCAGGAAGCCACGUUCUGCUUGGUCCUCCGUGGGGCCCGCCUGGGACAGGCCGUUCUCAGUGAUGUCUUGCAGGCUGGCUGUGUGCCUGUCAUUCUCGCGGAUUCCAAUGUAUUGCCUUUCUCUGAGGUGUUGGAUUGGAAGAGAGCAUCUGUGGUAAUCCCGGAAGAAAAGAUUCUGGAAAUGUACAUUAUCCUGCAGAACCUCCCACAGCGGCAGGUGGAAGAGAUGCAGAGACAGGCUCGGUGGUUCUGGGAAGGUUAUUUUAGAUCAAUGAAAUCCAUUGCUUUGACUACACUACAGAUAAUCAAUGACAGAAUCUACCCUUAUGCAGCGAGGUCAUAUGAAGAGUGGAAUGACCCUCCAUCUGUGAAAUGGAGCAGCGUGAGCAACCCCCUCUUUCUGCCGUUAAUCCCCCCUCAGUCUCAGGGGUUCACCGCUGUGGUGCUGACCUACGACCGCGUCGAGAGCCUCUUCCGAGUCAUCACCGAAGUGUCCAAGGUCCCCAGCCUCUCCAAGCUCCUGGUGGUGUGGAAUAACCAGAACAAGAGUCCCCCUGAAGAAAGUCUAUGGCCCAAAAUCCGGGUUCCUCUUAAAGUGGUGAGGACGGCUGAGAAUAAACUAAGUAAUCGCUUCUUUCCUUAUGAUGAGAUUGAGACGGAGGCGGUGCUAGCCAUUGACGAUGACAUCAUCAUGUUAACGUCGGACGAGCUGCAGUUUGGAUACGAGGUAUGGAGGGAGUUUCCUGACCGACUGGUUGGGUACCCAGGACGACUCCACCUAUGGGACCACGAGAUGAAUAAGUGGAAGUAUGAAUCUGAAUGGACAAAUGAGGUGUCAAUGGUGCUGACCGGAGCUGCGUUCUAUCACAAGUACUUCAAUUACCUGUACACCUACAAGAUGCCCGGAGACAUCAAGAACUGGGUGGACGCGCAUAUGAAUUGUGAAGACAUCGCUAUGAACUUUUUGGUCGCCAAUGUAACAGGGAAGGCUCCUAUCAAGGUGACACCUCGCAAAAAGUUUAAGUGCCCUGAGUGCACCGCCAUCGAUGGGCUGUCAUUGGAUCAGACGCACAUGGUGGAAAGGUCAGAAUGCAUUAAUAAAUUUGCCACCGUAUUUGGCACCAUGCCCCUGAAGGUGGUGGAACAUCGGGCCGACCCCGUCCUCUACAAAGACGACUUUCCCGAGAAGCUGAAAAGUUUCCCCAAUAUCGGAAGCCUUUAAGGAGGAGCGCACCGUCUGCCUGACUGCUGUGACACCAUCACUCUGCGUCCUCCACGCGUUUCAUAUCUGACUGCCGGACGGAGGGAUGACAUCACUGUAUUUAUCAUGUGUUGUAUUGCUCAGUAUACAAGACGUUCGGUAUAUUCCGUCAUGUGGGCGACAUGUAGGUGCUGUCACAGACACGAGAUCCAACAGCCGCUGCCCUUCCCGUUCCCAUCAUUUCAACGGUUCUUUCUGACCCACGGAAUUAUAACAUCUCAUACAGAAUUUCCCAGUCAAAGUCUACGGAAGAUGUUCUGUUGUAAUAUACUUGUUUCAUAUUCAUUUUAAGAAUUGUUAGUAUUGUUAUAUAUAUAUAUAUAUAUAUAUAUAUAUAUAUAUAUAUAUAUAUAUAUAUAUAUAUAUAUAUAUAUAUAUACUGUAAUCACACCCAAAGCUGCUUUCAACGUUCUGCUGGCUGUCGGGGUUCUCCCCUCUAGCGCUGCUGUCUAAUUGUCAUCUGAGCGCCUACAGUGCACUGAUGGAGGCGGAAUUUUGAAAACUGGUUCGGUUGUGAUUAGAGAAGACGUGUAAUUCCAAAUCACUGCAGCGAACGGAAAGGAAAAUAUCUGCCAUGUUGCUCGGCUUACACUGAAAUGCUGGAAUGCUGGGGAGUUUUACCUUUUUUUUUUUUUUUUUUUUUUUUUCAUCUGUGAUCAUUUUAUUUGAUAUUUUAUGACAGAAUUUUUUUAAUGCAUUUUACUAAUUAAUUUUGAUCCUGUGGAACCUUUUUGAAUUUGUCUUUGUGCAAUACAAGUUACCGGUGGUGUCUGUA